AUGCGGUCAAGUCCGAGCAAGUGGAAGGGACUGCCUGCGUGUUUGGCUGUAUUCGUGGCGGUGCCGAUUGCGGGUCCGUCGAAGGAGGUGUCGGCGGCUAGCGAGAGGGAUGCGGCGGUUGAUUUUCUUGGGUGGCCGUUGCCUUGUGUGGAGUUACCGGCGUCAGUGCCGCAAGUGUCGUGUGCGAAAGGAAACGCGAUGGGCGAAAACGCGCCGGGUGUGGGAGUGGUGGUGCGUUCGCUGAACCGGGCGUUUGCGGCAGGCGACGACGACGGGACAGGGGCCUUGAAGCCGCUGGAGCAAGAGACGUUGGUGACGGCCGUACGCAACGCAAUUUUGAAGGAGGCGGUCAAAACGGUGCGACGCGUAGACCUGGACUUUUCUACCUGUCGCUGGCGCUGGCUUAAGGUGGCUGCUUUGGUGCGUGAGAAGCUCUCGGGAGGCUGGGGGUCGGACGGCUACACCGAACCAGGAGAGGUGGCUGGAGAGGCGGUGUUGGGUAGGAAGCGGGAGGACGGAGAGCGGGAAGGUGGGCUGUUCUGGGCUUUGGUUGCGCGUGCGGAGUCACUUGUGUCGCGACCGAACGGUUUGAGUCCGGUAUGGUACCUGGCGUGCGUGUUGCAAAAGGUAUUGUUGCGCGGUCAGUUGGAAUCGUACCUACCCCCGCCGUGGCGCCCUGGUACGACGGGAUGGCGGUCGGUGAAGAUCCUGCAUAGUGCGGCUUUCCCGCACGAGUUCUUCCGACUGCCGGAUGCGGAGGCAUCCAUGGAGAUGGUCGCGGCGAGCGACAAGCUCGGUUGGUGGCUGCAUCAAGUGGAAACCAACGUCGCUGCCCGCGGCCUCAGCUGGACUCGCCGCAGACAUGAGUCCGGCAUCCGUCGACUCUGCGCCACCAUAGGCGAGCCCGUCUUCGACGCCGAAAUCACUCCCUGGCGCGAGCGCUAUUCGCCACCGCCCGGCUGGAACCUCUCCAACCGCGACUUCCUCAGCUACUUACUCGGCUUUACCGGCGCCCAGUCCCUCACCGAGGUCGCCGCCCCGCGGCCUCCGCGCCAAUCCCCGGCGGUUCCCGAAAUGGUUGACCUCGUCGACAGCGUUCUCCGCCGCUUUCUCCGGCAAGAACGAGAAGCCGAGGCCGCCAUGACGACGAAGACUUCUACCACGAAGACGUCUACGACGGAGACUUCUACGACGGAGGCUUCUGCGAUGGAGACUUCUACGGCGGACACUUCUACUAUGAACACUUCUGCGAUGUCGGCCCCUGCGGCCCCCUCGGUCCCCUCGGCCCCUGCGGCCCUUGCGGCGACACCCUCGCGAUAUGGCUCGCGUUCUUCCUCGAAGGCGGUUCGGGAGCAAAAGUUGGCUGCCCUGCUGGCGGCUUCGUUGCGACUGGCGCUGGAGGACCGCGAGCAGCCGUUGCAGCGGGUGAUGCCAGUGCAUCGUUGCGGAUGGCGAUGGGUGCAUUUGUCUGGAUUGAUGUUGGAGUGGCUGGAGGAGAAGGAGGUGGAGGAGCUGGUGGAUUUGGCUCGUGGUGUGUUGGGGGAAUUGGCGUCUCGGCAGUGGAUGUUGGCGUGUGCGAUGGAGACGUUUGUCCCGAACCGGCCGGUUGCUCGUGCGGUGCGUGGCUUGUUUGGCGCGGCGUCUUGGUGGGCUUGCGACCAUUUCUUGCACGCGGCAUAUUUCCCGCGGGACGUGGGCCGGCUGCCGGAAGGUGAUGCGGCGCGGCGACAGAUUGUGGCGGUGACUAAGGCGGCCCACUGGAUGUCGCGGGCACUCGAUCGUUUCCACGCCAGUGCCUUCACUUGGAGACCAUCCAAAUAUGUCGACAUCGCGGACUGGAUUUAUGGAACCCUCGAGCCCCAGACGUUGCUCAGCCUCCUCCGCCUCGUCCGUGCUCGUCUUCCGGUGAAACCCCCGCCUCGUGUGUCUAACAGACAACUGCUCCUUGCCCUACUCAAAUUCGCCGGCGUCUACAAGGUACGAACCGACGCUUUCAACCGCCUCGGCCGCCAAGGCUUCCGCCACAAACGACCCGCCGACGAUGACGCCGACUGCGACCCUAUCCACGGCCGACCCCUCGACAACGACGAUUCCCCGAACGGGAACCCCCGGAAACGGAACCCCCAAAACUAUCAGGCCGAUCACACCCAAACCUGGAACUUGCAAGAACGGAACCCCGGGGAACGGGACCCCCGGGAACCGGACUCCCGGGAACCGGACCCCCGGGAACCGGACCCCCGGGAACCGGACCCCCGGAAACCGGACCCCCGGAAACCGGACCCCCGGAAACCGGACCCCCGGGAACGGGAAAGCUAUCUGGGCAGAUUACCGCUCAAGAAGCGCAUUAUGACCUACUACAGCGACGAUGGGCCCCCUAGGCAGGUGUAG